AGUUUUUUAUUAGGUUGAGGCACUCUCGCAUCUAUAUAAAGCUCUCACAUUUGAUCAUUUCUUUCACUCACUAGCAAUUAAGCACCCUUCAUUCCUCCCAUCUUUCCAAGGUUUUUUUGUUCAGUUUUCAUUUGCUAUAGCAAUGGCCACUGUUGAGGUUGCACCAGCAGCAGCGUUGGAAGAGAAUGAGCCAAAGACAAUCGAGGUGACCAAGACUGAAGAGGCAACCGUGGAAGAGCCUGUAGCUGCAGCACCAGCUGCCACUGAGCCUGAGGCUCCGACCACCGAAGAGCCAAAGGAAACAACACCACCAGUAGAAGUAGAAGUAGAGAAACCAGCUGCUCCUGAAGCCGAUGCUCCAGUUCCGGCUGAAGUUGAGACCAAGGAGGAGGUGGCAGAGGAAGCGAAGGUGGCCGAGGCGGAGAAGCCAACAGUAGAAACGGAGAAAACAGAAGUAGAGGAGCCUAAGGAGGUGAUAACAGCAGAGCGUGUUGCCGUGGCAGAGGAGGCCAAAGAACAGACCAUUGAAACUGAGGCACCAGCAGCUACUCCAGUCGAGGAAGAGAAAGCAGUUGAAGCAGCAGCAGAGGAAGCAACCACAGAAGUUCCAGUCGAGCAGAUUGAAGAGUAGAAGAUGAACUUAUGACAAGAUGAGAGAAGUUUAAAUUAAUGGGGUAUUCAGCUACAUUUAUGUUUGUUAUUUCAGUUUACAUUAUAAUUGAGGUAAGGCUUUAAAAUUAAAUUAAUGCGAUUUGGCAUUUGGAUUAUUAUGAUCUCCACUUAAUGUGAGCAUCUUGCCAUAUGAUUAUGAAAAAAAUGAAGUAUGUAAUGCAUUUGGUGAUUAAUAUGGUGUGAAAAUAUAUGAUCUGUCUAAGUUUUGAAUAAUAUUUUUGCUUUUGAUGAUAUU